UGCUUCCCGAUGGAUAAAACAGCCCGGCUGGGUUUGCCUUUAUUCUUCAGACCGAAUGUUGGUAACAUCCGAUUAACAACCUCCACAUCACACUGAAGCUUCAUCCUUCAGCAGUCUCUGUGUGUGUAAAUAAACAAACCUGAAGUUCUGAGGCGCUCGCGCUUCUUCCGUUCAAAAUCGGCUAAUUAGCAAACCGGUAGAUCCAUAGCACAAUUUCAGCCAAAACUCAGACCUAUUGAGUAAAAUACCUAAUCUUGGAGCACAAGAUCGUGUUUAAAACAGCAGACGGAAAAGAUGUUUCAUGUUUAAUCUGUUGCGUAACGCGCGCUUCCAAGCGUCGCACAUGCGCAGUGAACGCUGACUGACCUCACUAAUAUGGCGGCAUCAUUUUACCAGAAGAUAUUUCCGUGACGGUCUGACAUGGAAGAAGAUCUUGUCCAGAACAUGGAGGAUGAGGAUGAGGAUGAGUUUGAGUGGGACGCAGGAGGCGAGGAGGACGAGGAGGACGAAGGCUUCUGGCUGCAGGAGGAGGAGGUGUGUGUGUCCAGAGCGAGUCCAGCGGAGCGCAGCGGACACAUCGCGGUCACCGACGGCUCCUGCAUGUUCGUCUGGGGAGGAUAUAAGAAUGCAGAUGCUGAAGCGACUGAAUUCACUGACUUGUACUUGCCGAAGAACGAAAUCUGGAUCUACAACAUGGAGACAGGAAGAUGGCGUGUGCAGUGCUCCGAGGGCGAGGUGCCGGACUCCAUGUCGGGCGGCUGCGGCUCCAGUGUGGACGGAGUUCUGUACGUGUUCGGCGGACACCAGGCCAGAGGAAACACCAACACAGUCUACCGUCUGCCGCUGCGAACGCCUGCGCUCCGCUGGGAGAAGAUGAGUCUGACGGGUCUGGCUCCGACCUGCAAAGACAAGCUGGGCUGUUGGGUCCACAGAAACAGCAGGCUGGUGUAUUUCGGAGGCUACGGCUACACCGCACAGCCCGGUCACAGAGGAACGUUUGAGCUCGAUGAGAACUCGCUGAUGGGGAACCAAACAGGACGAGGCUGGAACAAUCACAUACACAUCCUGGAUCUGGAGACGUCCUCGUGGAGUCAGCCAAUCACGAAGGGGAACACUCCGACGCCACGGGCCGCUCACGCCUGCGCAACCAUCGGCAACAGAGGCUUCGUCUUCGGAGGCCGUUACAUGGAUCAGCGUCUGAACGAUCUGCACUGCCUGGAUCUGGACUCGUGGGAAUGGAGUGAGAUGUGUGUUCCUCAACACGGCCCCGUCGGCCGGUCCUGGCACUCGCUCACCCCAGUGUCAGCUGACCAUCUGUUCCUGUUCGGCGGAUUCACCACCGACCGAGAGACACUGAGCGACGGCUGGCUGUACUGCGUGAGCAGGAACGAGUGGAGGCCGUUUGAUCACGAACACACACAGCGGCCCAGACUGUGGCACACGGCGUGUUUAGGCGCUGACGGGGAAGUGUUUGUGUUUGGAGGAUGUGCAAAUAAUCUGCUCUCUCAUCAACAAGCGGCUCACAGCAACGAAUUACUGGUUUUCACGGUUCAGCCCAAAUCUCUGGUCAGGCUGUGUUCAGACGUGGCCGUCCGGCACCAGAAGCAUCUUCAGCACUCGUGGGACGUUCUGCCUAAAGCCCUGUUCCAGCAGCUGCAGCAGAGGAUCAUGGGACACUCCUGAAGACAAUCACACCAGAACACGUGGAGAACCAUCGCCAGAGACUGUCAUGAGACUCGUGUAGCAGAAGAAUGGUUUACUCCGCCGGACAACACAAAAACCAUCCCUGAACUGAUUUCAACAUUUUCAAAUAGAUUCUGAACAGCAGAUCUGCAUUAACUCGUCGCUCUCGACGCCGUUCUGCUCCUCAGUGUGACACAAUCUCCCAAUCGCAAGCAUACCAUCAACACUUUGUGUACAAAACACUAACAUUUAAAGAAGGAACUGAAAUCUGUUUUCCAAACCUUUGAUUCACACAUUUACUGAAACGAGACCAUAUGAUUCACCACCUGAUCCAGUCCAGACGUUCUGAUGCAGAUUUGUACCACAAGCCGAAAUGUUGUUAAUCUGUUUUUUGUUGUUUUUGAUUUUUCCAAUGUGUAAAAUAAAUGAAGCAGUGUUCACAU